UCCAUCCAGGGGGACCGGCUGCUGGCAUUCUCUCCUGCAACUCCAGUCGCCAGAGAGGCACCAUGGGCUUCGGGAAGUCCUCCCCCUUCUUGGCUCUCAGCAUCUUGGUCCUGUGCCAGGCAGGCGGCCUCCAGGCAACACCGCUCAGGUGGGCCUUGGAGAGCCUCCCAGACUCUGAACUUGCUGAACUCAGUGAGAAGGAAGGGCACCUCCUGGCAUCACUGGUGAAGGCCUAUGCACAGAGGAACACUAACGAGCUGGACCAGCCUGAGGAGCAGGAGACGGAGGCAGAGGACUCCAGCCUGGACAGCUCCAUCACUAAGCUAUGCAGUAAUCUGAGUAUUUGUGUGCUGGGCGCAUACUUGAAGUAUCUGAAGAACUUUCAUACGUUCUCUGGCAUUGGCUUUGGGGCUGAAACACUUGGCAAGAAAAGGGAUAUAGCCAGUGAUUUGGAGAAAGACCGCUACUCCAGUUUUGGGGUGCCCAAGGAUUCCAAUGUCACUCUCCAGAAGAGAGCCUGCAAAGUUUUCACCUGUACAGUCAUUCGGCUGAAAGAAAUUCUGUUUAGACAUGUGGGAAUGCUUAACAAAGGCUUCGUGCCCACUCGUGUGAGCCUCAAAUCCUAUGGCCGUCGCCGUAGGGAACUUCAGGCCUGAGCUGCUAGAGGACGCCAGCAAGAAGGUUACAAUGAAGCUGAAAUCACCACUUCUAUUAAUAUCUGUUGACAACAACUUGGUGAGAAGACCCCAGGGAAGAUAUACAUGUUUGCAUCCAAAUAGAUUAAAAAAAAAAGCCCCCUUUUCACUCAAAAGGAAUGAAAUUAAAUGCAAAAUAAACAAAUUCCAUAUUUGUUGUGCAUCCUUUUUAUAUUUGAUUCUACGUGUAAUAAACAUGAUUAUAUCUCUCAUCAGCUUAUCCGGUAGCAAACUGGUUCUUUGAGAGCUAUCCUGUUGUUCAUGCAGCUUUGCCAAACCAUAGGGGGACGUGAAAUCACUGCCUCUGGUGGUCUCUGGGGGGAUGCUAUGCUUUAUUUUAAUGGUGAUGCUAUGCCUUGUUGUCUGAGAGCCUGAUUGUAUAAUUUAUUUAAGGAAAUGUCAAUAUUGUGCCAUUUGUGAACUUCAUCAAGAUUAAAAACAUAUUUUGGAUA